AGGUAGCUUGCAGAGAUGGGCUGUUGAAGAUGCGUCGAUGCGAUGUAUUUAUUACCCAUCACAUUUCAUGAUUGGGAGGUACCCUCCUGUCAGAUAACUACAUCACUUCUCAGCUGCGUUAGCGCCUGCAUAUGCAACACGCGACUCCCCGUUGCGUCCUCUUGCGGCAAAUCUGGAAACCUGCCAGAGGUUCGUAGCCUGUCGUCUGCUUGGGAAUAAGCCGUGUUAAAAGCGCGAGCUGUCGUCCGAAGGUGCCAAAGCGAUGUUACUCGUAAGUGAGCUUGGAUGGCGAUAGACAUGGAACGGGGGAGUUCGUUUUGGAGGAAAAGGAUAGUGCUCGAAGACGCUUCAAAAGAUGCGGCGGCGAUCGAAGAGAUAUUGGAAGUCCUCAAGAAGGGCAUGAAACUGCACAAGGUCCGUUCUUCCAAGAGGUUCUACAAGAGGGCUUUCCAGCUAGAUCUCAAUAACCUCAGGAUGGGAUACAAGAACUCGCACAAGUGCGGAAUCUUGGCCUCGAAACCUUUCAUCGACCUUUUCGAUGUGGAGGAGGUGCGCAAGGGCUGGAAGACCGACGUCUUCAACGUGGUCGAGGGGAAAUUUCGAAGGCGAAAGACGUACCUUCCCUUCAGCAGUUUGAACGUGAGCGAAGAUACCUGCUUCUCGCUCAUUUUGGCACCCAAGCAAAACACCUUAGACCUUGUCGCCCACACGCCCAACGAGUGUGACCUCUGGGUUCGAGGGUUGCGCCACAUUGUGGCCAACUGCAAGACUCAGCGCAGGGAACAGGACUAUGAACGUUGGCUGAAGGAGCAGUUCCAGCAUGCUGACGUCAACGACAACGGAUCCUUAAACUUCAACGAGAUCCAAGGCCUGUUGAAACAGCUGAAUAUCUCUAUGGACAAGCGGUACAGUAGGUUUCUUUUCAAUGCGGCCAACUUCAAGCAGAACAAGGUGGACGGAGAAGACGUGCUUGAUCCUGAAGAAUUCGUCAAAUUCUACUACAGCCUGCUUUCGAGGCCGGACAUUGAAAAGAUAUUUAAACAGUACACUGCUCCGAACAUGUCCAUAAUGGGUCCAGAAGAACUCCAGAAGUUCCUUCUGAAAGAGCAAAAGACGGAGGUGUCGAUAACAGAAUGCAAGCAGCUGGUGGAGAACUUCAGGAGGGACAAGGAACUUCCAGAAGGCGUCCUGGGCCUGGCAGGUUUCCGGGAUAUCUUGCUGUCUGACGACCACGACAUCUUCAAGAAAGAAUGCAGACGCGUGUACCAGGACAUGGAGCAACCUCUUAAUCAUUACUACAUAGCAUCCUCGCAUAACACAUACCUCGUUCAAGGCCAGCUUGUUGGGAACAGCAGUGUGGAAGGUUAUAUUACAGCCCUGAAGAAAGGCUGCCGCUGCCUCGAGUUGGACGUCUGGGAUGGUCCCAACGAUGAGCCGGUCGUCUACCACGGUUACACUCUCACUUCGAAGAUCUUGUUCAGGGACAUCUUGGACGCUGUCAAGUUGUACGCCUUUGUGGAGUCGCAAUACCCUGUCAUCCUGUCACUGGAGAAUCACUGCACGAUUGAACAGCAGAAAAUGAUGGCUAAACACCUGGUUGACAUACUUGGGGAUCUUCUCCACAAAACUCCCGUGUCUGACAAGGAAGACAAGCUGCCUUCACCAGAAUCUCUACUUAACAAAGUCAUCGUCAAGGGCAAGAAGCUUAACAAAGAUCAUACCGUGGACGAAGACGAUAGCGACGAAGAGGGAGCACCAAAGCACGCUACCCCCGUAGCAGGGGGACAGCUGGCCGAAGAACUUUCCGAAUGCGUCAACUACUGCAAGUCCGCUCACUUUAAGACUUUCCUGGACACUGAAAAUUGGAAGUUUUACGAGAUGGCAUCCUUCAGCGAAGUGAAGGCAUCGAACAUCUGCGCGAUCCCCGCAGGUGCUGUAGAAUUUGUCAAGUACAACAGCAAGCAUUUUUCGAGAAUAUAUCCCAAGGGAACGAGGACCGACUCCAGCAACUACUGCCCCGUGCCUUUCUGGAACGUUGGCUGCCAAAUCGUUGCCUUGAACUACCAGAGCUGGGACCAGAAGACUUUCAUCAACGAAGCCAAGUUCUCGACGAAUGGCCGAUCGGGUUAUGUCCUCAUGCCAGAGUUCCUUAGGAAUGGCACCUUUGACCCUAAUAAGAUAGAUCCGGCAAUGAAAAGGACAUUGACUGUCAAGAUCAUCAGUGGCCAGCAGAUCCCGAAGCCAAUGGCCGUUGCCGAAGGCGAAGUGGUCGACCCAUACGUUAUAAUCAAGGUCAAGGGACAUCCCCUGGACAACCAGAAGGUUAAGACGAAGUUCAUCCAUAAUAAUGGAUUCAAUCCAUACUGGGGUGAAAUCUUCGAACUGGACAUACGGGUUCCAGAACUGGCGAUGAUACUGUUCACUGUCAAAGACGAAAACAGGAUCGGCAAGAACAUGAAGCUCGGCAAAUAUGCACUGCCAUUCACAGCAAUUGCUGAAGGGUACAGACACGUUCAUCUUCGGAACGAGGCGUUCGGCCCUCUCGUACCUGCCAGCAUUUUUGUUCACGUCACCAUCAGAGAAUGAACGUGCGAAACUUUGCGUAUACGGUUCCUUUUUUUUUAAACCGUUUACGUUGUCACGUUCGCCGCCUGGUGGCAGGUUCUUCAGCUCUGCAAUACGUCAUUUUCUGUAGUACAGCCCGGGAUCAGUUUCCAACGCGUGUCGGCUGUACGGUCGCCAUAAUCGAUCAACCUGUCGAAUGCCAUGAUGUCUUGAGGAUCAACGCGGGACUUGGUUAUCCGUGCCCUACAAUCGGAUAGUGGUCGAAAUGUUGCAUUCAGAUUUGUACGAGCGUGGAACCCAACCAGCAACUAAUACAAUAUGCAGCAGUGUAAAUAUGUUACUUACUCGAUUUCAUAAGUGACUAGUGAUAUGCUGAAUAAGUGUUUUAUUUUUAUUUUUUUUUACCGCAGUGAUUUUUUAGUAUUCGAUGCCUCUCGUAAGUGUUGAAUACUCUUCAGUGUUCGGCUUUGACAGAUGCUCUUUGAUGCUGGCCUUUGAACUUUGACUACACCGGAAUACACCGGAGUCAAACUCCUUUACAACGAAGCUCAGGGGACAGCAAAAAAAAUUCGCAGUAAAGGUAUUUUCGUUAAAAAUGAUGUCCAUUAUUGGACCUAUAGGCUCCAGCGGGACCGCAAAAAAAAUUUGCUGUAGUGGUAUUUUCGUUAAAAAGCUGUUCGCUAUAAAGGAGUUUGAGUUUGAAUGGAACCCGUUCGAUGCCCAGUACUCACCCAAUGUUUCCAAUAUGGCCGGCCAUUUUGUUGUGCAGAGCUUGGAAGAUUCAGUAUUGAAACCUAACUCCUACCUCGAACGCGGAAUAUAUAUAGCAACCUUUGAUUUUGUAUCCGCGCAGCUCUCAAUUUCAUUUCAAGUUCUAACGUGCAGGGUCAAUGAUUACCGUAAUUUCACGCGUAUUAGCCACGGCGUAUGCGCGAUUUUUUUUUCUCGCAGACGCUCUGCGGCUUAUCCACCGGUGCGGCUUAUCUGAUAACUAUUUUGUCCUGGUAUUUUCCUCAUACGCCGAUCUUAACGAAGUGUGAAGAUGUAACGAAGUGUCUCUGGAACAGCACUGCCCUGCCAAUGCAAAAACAGUUCGUAACAGGGACGGGUCCACGUUCGAGUAGAUUUAACUUCCUGGUGCAUUCCCCCAAGCAGCUUUAACGAAAGUGAUGACAGUGAUUCACGUCUUCUGGAAGACCACCGACCCACCAGUCCACGAAAAACUCCCAACAAGGGCACAAUCCGAUCUUGGUAGAACUCUAGAGCUGACCUCCUCUGUUGUACACUAUGCCGAUCCCGUAGUAUGGACCACAGGGUUUAUGGCCUUCUCUAUGGUCUCCUUUGUCGCACAGAUCAGUCGUCUCGUAUUGCCCGCGGCUUAUCUGCGGGUGCGGCUUAUCUGCCAGAAAAUUUUCAAAACGCCCCUAAAAACUCUUCCUGCGGCUUAUCUGCGGUGCGGCUUAUACGCGUGAAAUUACGAUAGUCGAUGCCAUCCUAUAUAAACUGCGUUUUUAGGCGUCAUCGUCGCCUAAUCAUCAUCACAUAAAUCACACAAUCAUCUGCAGUGAAACCUCGAUGAUACGUUCCCACAUGAUACGCGUCUUUCAGCAUUACGCCAUGUGCGCCAUAGCCAUCACAAAUCAUACGAUUUCCCAGAUUCAUGUGUACAUGCUGUAAUUGUGUUGUCGGGGUUUCGCUGCAUGUAACGUCAUGUGCCAAAUGAUGCUCAUCUAAUGAAAGUCUUGUCAUGUUGCAGCUGUGAUUUGCCCGUGUACGCGCACACGCAAUCGCUAUAUCGGAUCAAUUAUUCGAUAUUCUCCCGCUGUUUUUAUUUUAUUUUUUUGUUUGCUAAGAUUUUGCAGGCUCUGUGAUAUGUAUAAAUCCAUGCAAUUUUUCACGCACUUUUUGGCUUGUGACGUGUGCCUUUCAUGUUGAUCGAGGCCUUGGAGGUCUUGUACAACGCCUUGUUGAGUAUGCCAUCCCCGACGAUGCUGAGGGAAAUAGUAUUUGUGCAAAAGUAUAUGGACUAUUUUUGUGCCGUUUUCAUGUGUAUUUCUGCUACGCGAUGUUUUUAUCUUUUAAUUUUGCGAAUAAAAUCACGUUGUACAGAAA